AUUGAGAAUGAUCCGUUUGCCUGGAAUGCCAAUGCUGCCAGGUGCGCAGUUCUACGAUUAUACCAAACGCCGUCAUCCGCGUCGCCAGACCUUGAUGCACUACCAGGGCAUACACAUGCUCUCGGAUCGGCGUGAACCGGAGCUGGUGGAGCCGAAUGGACCACUAGUGGACCCCAAAUGUCCCCCACCCAGCACAGAGCUGACUUUGAUGAGUCCACCCAGAGUGACGACCAAGCUGCCGCCUUGGCUGGCCUACGAUAAGCAGGUGCUGUGCUUCAAUGCGUACUUCAAGGAGCCGCUCACCGAGAUCUAUCACGCGCCCUACCAGGUGCGCAAGGUGAAAAUCUACUUCUACCUGGAGGACGGCACCAUGCAAGUCACCGAGCCCAAGGUGGAGAACUCGGGCAUACCGCAGGGCUGUCUCGUGCACCGACAGCGCAUACCCAAAGGGCCGCCCAGCGAGCACGAGUUCAUCUCCAUAUUCGAUCUCAAUGUGGACACCAAUGUGCAGAUCUUCGAUCGGGUCUAUCACAUAACUGGCUGCGACAUCUUCACGAGGCAGUUUCUUAGUCGCGCCGGCAUCGCAGUGCCCGUCGCGCUGAUGGAGCCCAAUGAUCCCACCACGGAGCUGCGAAAAAAGUCCGCCAUCAGGCAAACGACUCGUCCAGCAACGAGCGCCUUGCCCAAGCGACAUGCAUUCGCCCAAUUCCUGGAGUUCGAUCGACGUGUGCUCAAGUUUCAGGGCUACUGGAACGAUCGCUCCGAGUUCGGCGAUGUCCGGCGGCUGGACGUAUGUUACUAUCUAGCCGAUGAUACCAUAGACAUUAAAGAGAAAUUCCCACGCAACUCCGGCCGUGAGGGCACCAACACGUUUCUAAGGCGGGGCAAACUGCCCAAGGAGUUUACGGGCCUCUCGCUGCCGGGUCAGCAAACAGCGAUCACAUUGCUGAAUGUCCUCGGCUCCAAUAUGCGCGACGUGCGCUACGUGGCAGAUCCCCUAAACACGGGCCAGAAGCAGACUGUCUACUACACGGAUCAGGAUUUGCGAAUCGGCGCCGUGCUGAAUGUCUUUGGACGCGAUGUGGUGCUCACCAGCUGCGAUCAGUUCACCCAGCAAUAUUACAGAGAGAAGUACGGCAUUCAAGACUUUACACCUCAGCCUCUGCCGGAAUGCAACGAUGAGCGCGUUCUGAAUCAGGGCAAGAUGCGCCGGCUGCCGCCUUAUAAUGGCUGGGGCAGCUAUGAGGACUCGGAGGGCAACUGCAUCACCGUGGAGCCAAAGCCGCCGCAGGCGGACUUUAGGAAGCUGAUGAAGUACGACGGAUGCAUUCUGCGCUUUGGUGCCAAACUGAUGUCCAUCAUACGGGAGAACUGCGAGCGCAGCUUUGUGAUUAGCUAUUUUCUAGCGGAUGACACCAUCCAGAUCUAUGAGGUGGCCCGGCGCAAUUCCGGCUUCAUGGGCGGAGAGUUUCUGAAGCGAGCGCGCGUGGAGCUGCCCGGACAGGAGAAGUUCAGCUCAAACAGACCGGAAUACUAUCGCGCUAGUGACUUCUACAUCGGUGCCACGUUGAGCCUGAGGGAUCACAUCUUCCACAUCAAUUCAGCAGAUGAGUUUACGCUGCUCUACAUGGAACAGCAUGCCAACGAGUUUCCCGUUGCGGACAUACGUGCGAUUAUGCAGAAGAUCCGUGAUGCAGUGCGUCCGAACUACAAACAGUUUGUGCUGCGCUGCCAGCCGAAUGCUGAUCUGCGCGAAGGCACCACCGUCAGCUUCGAUACACUGAAGUCCACCCUGCUCGCGUUUCUCCCUAAGGAAAUGCUGCGGAAUCAUGAGAUUCUCACGGUGUGUCGCUACUUCUCGUCGGAGCAGAUGCCGCCACCCAGCUGCGAUCGCAAUCAUGUGCGCGCCGCUGCCCAACUGGAACUGAAACGUGCGCUGUGGAACAAUGUGGAUGAGAUCAGGGAGCACUUGAGUCACAUAAAUCCCACCUGCAAGCCGUACCUAACGGAGGCGCAAGUGAGAUCCACGCUGCGCGGCUGUCGCCUGCCGUUCAGCCUGGAGCUGGUGGAGGACAUUCUGCAGGUACUGCACCGCAACGAGCAGGGCGAGAUUGAGAUGCGUGAUGUGCUCUCGUUCUUCAACAUGGCUGCCGACCAGGUGCCCGACAUAGCACCCAUCAACAUAGCCUUCGAGCUGUGUCCAAAACUGCCCUUUCUACACAAGGGGCGCUUGGUGGACUUCAAUUGGUUCUUGCAGUAUCUGGGAUUGGAGGACGAGAUGGUGCGUGACAAUCGUUGAGAUUGAUCACCAUUAAAUUCAACGAGCCUUCAAGACGACCAACUGCGUCAAGUCGAAAAUCUAUAAGCU